GCAUGUGCAACGAAGCAUCCAUCAUCACACACAAGUUGGUAUCCCUAGCAAACCUAGCCAAGCCAGCAAUUAAUGGCUCCCGUCGUGGCAUUACUGCUGCUGCUUCUCUGCUCUAGCUCCUCUCCUACAUCAUCAUCCGUCGACACUGCCCAUGCAGCCGCAGCAGCAGGCGUCGACGACGAGCUCAGCUACUAUGUCGUCGUGGAAACUAGCUCGCUCGAGCCAAGUCCCGUCUGCCAAGGCCACAGGGUGAGGCCGUCGGGCGCCAGCGGCAACCUUACCGGCGGCGUCUGGAUGCCGCUGAGCCGUCCUUAUGGCCCGUGCUCCUCGGAGGGGGAAACUACGGCGCCGCCGUCAUCUGUGCCUGACGCGCUCCUGUGGGACCGGAACCGCGCGAGCUACAUCCAGAAAAAGGUCAUCGGCGACACCCAGCCUUUGGCGCCGUCUCAGCCAGCCAAUACCCAACAGAUGUCUACCGACGCCUCCACAAAUAACGGACUAGGACAGUCGGCUACGCCAUCGUCGUUGUCUGGGCUUGAUCUGGCAGCCACCGGCGGGAGCGGGAGGCUGCCCGGCGUGACCCAAAGAAUGGUGAUCGACACGGCGAGUGACGUGCCGUGGGUGCAGUGUGCGCCCUGCCCGCAGCCGCAGUGCCACCCUCAGACGGACGUCCUGUACGACCCAAGAAACUCCGUUACAUCCGCCACCUUCCCCUGCACCUCCCCGACCUGCCGCCAGCUCGGCCCUUACGCCAACGGCUGCACCGGCGGCCCCAACUCCGGCCAGUGCCAAUACCGCGUUCAGUACCGCGACGGCUCAGCCUCGUCAGGCACCUACAUCUCCGAUGUGCUGACCCUCACCCCUACUCCGGCCGGUGUGGUCAAUAACUUCCGCUUCGGGUGCAGCCACGCCCUGCAGCGCCCCGGCGUCUUCAGCAACACGACCGCCGGGAUCAUGGCGCUCGGCCGGGGCGUGCAGUCGCUGUUGUCGCAGACAAAGGGGACCCACGGAAACGUCUUCUCCUACUGCGUCCCGCCGACGGAGAGCCACCGUGGCUUCUUCGUCCUCGGCGUGCCGAGGGUGGCCGCCUCCAGGUACAUACUAACGCCCAUGCUCAGGAGCAAGCUAUCCCCGUCGCUCUACCUCGUGCGCCUGCAAGCUAUCACUGUAGCCGGGCAGCGACUCGCGGUGCCGCCCACAGUCUUCGCCGCGGGCGCGGUGAUGGACUCCCGCACCGUCAUCACGCGCCUCCAGCCCACGGCGUACAGCGCACUCCGCGCCGCGUUCAGGGCCCAAAUGGGCGGGUACCGCGUUGCCGCGCCCAAGGGCCAGCUCGACACCUGCUAUGACUUCACCAGCGUCCGCACCGUGAGGCUGCCGAAGGUCGCGCUGGUGUUCGACAGCCAGAGCAACGGCGGCGCCGCCGUGGAGCUCGACCCGUCCGGGAUUCUCUUCAACAGCUGCCUCGCUUUUGCCUCCACCGGAGGUGGAGACGGCUCCACCGGGAUCAUCGGCAACGUCCAGCAGCGAACCAUUGAGGUCCUCUACAACGUCGGCGGCAGCGCCGUCGGGUUCCGCGGUGGCGCGUGCUGAGCUACCUACCAGACUUGUUUGCUCGAUCCAUGGGCUAGCUGCUUGAGCCUCCAUUUAUCUACCGCCGUUUGAGCUGCACUGGGGGCAUAUCUAUAUAUUGGCCUUUGACCUAUGGCCGACAAAAUAAGCCCAUUUGAUCCUUGUUUUGUUUGCUGUAUCUCCAUUUUGACAAGUAUUUUGUGUGCUAUAUCUUUGUGUGAGCUGAAGCUUAAUAUUUAUUUACUGGACUGUUUUACAUUUAGUA